AUGUGGGGCUUUCUUCUUUCCCUUCUUCUCUGCACGGUGUGGCCGGCCGUGGCGGUGGAGUACUGCGCCGAGCACCAUCGCGAGUACCGCACGGCGCCGGGCGAGUCGUCUUUUCAUUCCGUCAGCUCCGCAGCGGGCGGCUGUGCGAAUGGCGCGCCCGCAUCGCUGGCGGUCCUGCAGCCGCCGCCGGCCCCGCACCUCCUGCUGCUCACCGGCGGGUGGAAUUAUCUCUUCGGCGCCGUGGCGGAGGGAACACUGCCGGAGACAGUCAACUUCACUCUCGCAGCGCAAUGCGGCGGGGCAGAGGUGUGCCACGCCGAAGUACAAUAUGUGAUUGAUACAAGUAAUGAAGGGGAUUCAUCAUUUACAACAACAACAACAACAACGACAACAUCGACAGCGGCGCCGAUGUACCCUCCGUGUGCGGUAUCUAUGGAAGAGUAUCAGCUAAAGUUGUCCCCUGGUAAAUCUACACUUGGAACUCUCCCCACAACUGCCGUGCAAGUUGCGUGCCCUGAUGGUUUCAAGGCUUCCAUAACACAACCUAAUGUUGGAGUGGCUGCGUUACUUGAUCCAAAUGGCAUGCAAUUUGUGUACUCUUCACCUAGUGAAGAUUUUGAAGGGAAUGUGACACUUCCUUAUCAAGUAUCCUGCAAUCGACAAGUGUUGUGUGCUGGUGCCAUGCAAAUAUGGAUUCAUGAAGAUGCUGCCCCAUGUUCAGAAAGCAAAAUAUUGUAUGAUGUGAAACCUGCUUCAGUGUUUAACGCAACACUCAAUACUCGUACAUCCUGUAAUGGCGUUUUAACAGGACGUGUUCGUUCUCAAACUGUCAUGAAUGCUUUUCAGUUUUACGAUGGUGUUUCAUUUACAUUUAAUGCACCAGAAAAUGAAGGAGAUGUUAUUGUGGAUGCUCGCUUAUACUGUGAUGAAGAGAGUUUGUGUGAUGUCACAAUAGGAUUUAUUAUUACAAACGAACUUCGUCCUUCUUCAACGAAAGCGCCAACUCCUGAAACUACCCAAAGUCCGACUACCACUCCUGUUGUGAUGUGUAAUAAGGAAUUUAAUUAUACUGUACCAACAGGAAAGCAAUUACGAGGUUCUUUGUAUGUAGAAUUACAAAAUUGUAGUGUCAUAACGUACAAUUUAUCUUCUUUAGAUUAUGCCAAAAGAUUUCAAAUUAAUCUUAUUGGUGAUUUUCACUAUUUUGCCCCAGAGGAAGAAAGUAUAGAUGUUAUACCUGUUGAUGUUAUGUGCAAAACUGAAUUUCGAUGUCGUACCCAAGUCACUAUUACAUCUUACAUCGAUGUUGCAAGCACUGAGUCUCCUACCACUCCAUCAGUAACACCUGAACCUAUUCCAUCUUGUGCCAAUGUCUAUUAUUAUCAAACAGCACCUGGUGUAGCUAUCAGUAACUCUCUAAAUGGUAUGCCAGGACAAGAUCCAUGUGUGUAUGGUCGUUAUUUUUCUCUUAUUGAUGGACCUAAAGAAGGUAAUUUGGAUAUGACCCCUAUUGGUGACUUUCUAUAUCGUCCAGGGAGAUUAGAAGGAUCCUACAGUUUCUCUUUUAACAUGUAUUGUCUUAACAAGUUGUACUGUAAAGGUAACGCAUACAUAAUUGUAAGUAACGAAUGGACAUUACCUCCUAAUGGAAAUGAACAUGGAUCUUCCUCUACAGAGCCUCCGACAGCUGAAAUAACGAAUCCGCAGAUUAAGUGCCGUGGAACGUGUAAUGAAAAAGCAUGGAAGACGUAUCCUAAACCAGCUAUGUGGGAUAAUACUCCUGGGGCUGGUUAUGCUAGACGUGAUGGUCAGGCUGUUGAUGGUCUUCAAGUGGUUUGGUCAAAUAACUCUAUUAUAAUUACUGUUUACACUAUUAUUGGAAAUCUUGGUGUAAGGUUUCCAACUUUUGAACCUUUUGAUCGUAUGGUGGGUAAAUAUUUUGAACCAAAGGAUUUUGAAGGUGUAGUAGCAGCAGAUUCCUUGGGGUUUGAAUUAAGUUGUUUACAACAUCAAGGUACUAUCGGCAUGGGUGAAGAUGUUUGGCAUUGGAAAACGCUUGGAAAUGGAACUGGAACCGGAUCUGUAGGUUCUUUAUAUAACAAGGGAAAAUCGUGGUAUCAGAAAUUUGGUGGAAAACAUAUUGGAUGUGAUACUUUUGUUGACUCUUGUCAUUAUGCCCCAUUACUUACUCCUGCUACACCAAAAGGAACUGUUGCUGGUCGUUGGGAAAUUGAUAUUGAUGACUGUGAUGCCACUUGGACAGGAACAUUUCCUUAUGCCUUAUUAGAAGAUCUUCGUAAAUCUGAUGGUAGUCCGGUAUGGUAUUUUGUUGGAGACAGACAGAUUAAAGGUACAGUUAUAUCUCAAGGGGUUCGUGCAAACUCAUGGAUUGAACCUGCGCGUAGCUUUGAUAGUCAUUAUGAAGCACAUGAUAUUAUAUUUAAUCUUCAACAAUUUAUUGUUGUAAAUAAAGUAACACCAGCACCUUUUUCUAUUGAUUCAGAGUUUUUUGAAUAUACAGAAAAUGGAGAUCGAGCUUUUGGAGUUAAUCUUUUAUUACACCCUUAUGUUACAGAUGAUAUGGAAACAAGUUAUGCAGAAGAUCGUCACGUUAUUGGAUUUAAGUGGAUUACACAAGAUUGGAUAGCACCAAGUUUUGAACAAUGCCCCACGUGUAAAGGAAAUAAAACAGUUUGUAGAGCUGAAGGAAAAUAUGCUACAUCAACAUAUACAGGUGAAUUCCCAUCUGGUGAUUGUCCAACAGGUACAGCUCGUGUUGAACUACGAAAAGGUCCUGCUAUGAAUACAACAUGUCCACCUAAUAAAAUGCAUGUAUACAAUCGUUCAGGUUUUUCAACACCCUCUCGAUGUGCAACAUCAUUUCAAAAUAUUACUAUUCGUGGUGUAGUUAUUGGUAGUAAUGCUCUUUCUAAUGCACUUCAACGAGCUUUUAAUUAUGAAGGACGUGUCGUAUUACAAUUACUAAUGACAGAUGGUACCAAACACGAUGUGGUAAUGGAUCUUUCUAUGUAUGUUACUCGUUUAUCCCAAGAUUCGUAUGCUGCUGAAGGUGGAUUGGGUGUUUGUCGAGGUUCAGACUAUUGGCCUGUGUUGGAUCCUCUCGGUACUUCACUUCCAGAUUCUCCAUUUGAGUUCAGUACAGCCACUCGUGGUCCUCUCUGCAUGGAUUCACUUAGUUCUACCUUUGGACCAAGUGGAUGGGCUACCGUAUUCUUACAACUCCCUAGUGUGAAUACAUCACAGGUGAAUGUACAUUCUAUUUCCUUACGCUAUAAUGAAACCACUGUGUAUUUGUUUUAUCAAGAUCCCGUUACUGGAGUUCCAGUGGUCCCACCAAGAACUUUGGGUUAUUGGUGGAUGUACACACAUCCUUUUCUCAAUUACAGAGAUUUGAAAAAUAGAGUUGUAAAUAGCACAAUAUCAACUGGUCCAGCAGUAAAUCCAGAAGAAGUAUCGAAUGUACCAUUUGCUUUCGCCUUUAUUCCUGGUGCUAUUAAUGUAGCUACAAAUGUAGAAGUUAUUGUAAAGGCUACUAUUACAACAGGGAUUGUCAGUACAAGUACAUUUUGUCGAAUGAUGCAUGUAGAUCCAAUGCUAACACAACGUAGUCGUUAUGGACCACCAGAUCGAAGUGGUACACAUAAACCCGGUUCAGAUGAGAAGAGUGUAUUGGGAAUAGGAGUUAUCGCAGGUUUAUCCGUUGCUCUCACCAUCACUGUUGUAGUAUAUAUGACGAUGGAUAACAAUAGACCAUUACCAAAAUGGGUACCUCGAGGGAAACUUAUAAAGAAUACAGUACUCGCUGCGGUGCCAGCGGGACUUCGUCCUGCAAAGAAGGAAAAACGUAUCGUGCAUAAAGACAUGUAUGAUGCUAUGAAGUCUGGUAGAUAUUGA